GCGGAUCACACAGCCUAUUUCCUGUUUUCAUACGGGGAACUUAGCAAAGCCACAGCCACUAGCCUGCUCGCCCGGAGCUUGGAACAGAGAGCCAAAGGGGGGCCAUGUGAUACCCCUCCCAGACCCUUGGACACGCACAGGACCAGAGGCCUCAGCCUUGGAGCAUGGCAAAUCCCAAGCACCACGGGAGCCCUGGAUGGACAGAACCUAUACACCAGUGCAUGGCGGGGACCAAGCCAAAAGCAGCGGCCCCUGGCCCAGACCUCCCACGUCCAGGACCUGAAGAGCACUUAGAUGUCCACAGCAGCCCAAGCUCCAACUCCAACAUGACCACCCGGGAGCUGCAGGAGUACUGGCGCAGCGAGAAGUGCUGCUGGAAGCACGUCAAACUGCUCUUUGAGAUUGCGUCUGCCCGCAUCGAGGAGAGGAGGGUCUCCAAGUUUGUGAUGUACCAGAUCGUAGUCAUCCAGACCGGGAGUUUUGACAGCAACAAAGCCAUCCUGGAACGGCGCUAUUCAGACUUCGAGAGGCUCCAGAAAAAACUCCUAAAGACUUUCAGGGAAGAGAUCGAAGAUGUCGUCUUCCCCAAAAAGCUCCUGGUGGGGAACUUCACCGAGGAGAUGAUCUCAGAGCGCAAGCUGGCCCUCAAAGAGUACCUGCGCCUGCUGUACGCCAUCCGCUGCGUGCGCCGCUCGCGCGAGUUCAUCGACUUCCUGACGCGGCCCGAGCUGAAGGAGGCCUUCGGCUGCCUGCGGGCGGGCCAGUACGCCAAGGCGCUGGACAUCCUGGUGCGCGUGGUGCCGCUGCAGGAGAAGCUGACGUCCCACUGCCCGCUGAUGCUGGUGCCGUCCCUGUGCGCCAUGCUGGUGUGCCACCGCGACAUGGAGCGCCCUGCCGAGGCCUUUGCCGCCGGGGAGAGGGCCCUGCAGUGCCUGCAGGCCCGGGAGAGCCACCGCUACUACGCCCCGCUGCUGGAGGCCAUGGCCCGCCUGGCCUACGCGCUGGGCAAGGACUUUGUGUCCCUGCAGGAGAGGCUGGAGGAGAGCCAGCUUCGGAAGCCCGCCCUGCGGGGCUUCACCCUGAAGGAACUCACCGUCCAAGAAUAUCUGUACUGAGUCCCCGGGAAGGAAGCUGGACAGCUGGGAUGACCAUUGCUCUUGGGCUGUUUGGGACUCAUGCUAAGCAGGACAUGCCACUCUGGGCUCUAGCUUGCUGGGUGACUUUGAAUAAGCCCCUCCUCUCGUCCUGUGUCCCCGUCUGUGUUGAACAGAGGUGCUCCCGGGUGUCCUUGGAAGCCUCUGCUUGUGUCCUCUGUCCCCUUGACACCAGACCCACUUCAUCUCAAACCCAGCUGCCAAAGCACUGGAGAAGAAGAUGCACUUUACUCACUUUAGCUGGAGAGGUUUACACUGCACAUCACAAGCAAAGCCUAAUCUGCUUCCUCACAGACGUCUCUCUCGCCGCCGUUCUGAGUCUUUUCUCUCUGCUCCUCCCCCUCGACCUUGCUUGCAAAUAUUCCCACCCACUAUCCUAAGUACACAGCUCUCCCCUCUUUCCAGUAGAUCCAACGCAGCAAAACAAAAGGUUACCUACUGCUCCUCAAGGCCAGCUCUGUCCCCAGGAUGGGCUGUAUGUCAUCCUUUGAAGGGUGGGAGGAUCCUGGGCUGGAACGCAGUCCUGCCUUAAGAGUUUGUGACGCAAGGCAUCUUGAGCAAGGGGAGUUGCCUGAGGUUUUCCGGUUAGGAUGAUGUAACUCAUUGCCUAGGGUGGGUUUUCAUUUGUCAGGCAACUGUCCCUUGAAUGGCCUCGCUGGAUUAUGUAGACAUAACCUGAAGGGAGAUGGAAGAAGAUACUCAGUGGGGCCUCUGGGUAGAAGAGAUUGAAUCAACCCCCCCCCCACCUCAUCUGAGGGACAAUGGGUUGGGAGGCCCUGGACUGAAGUCUGCUGUCAGGCCCCCAAGCGAAGUGGAUUCUGGACCAAUGCCCUGGGCUCAAGCAGAGUCAGGAGCGGAUGGUACAGGCUGGUUUUGGUCCCAGGCUCCUUCCUGAAGGUUCCAAACAGACUGACACCUUCAAACAAAGAAAGCCUUCAAGUAUCUCAAUUUACUCCAGGAGAAGGACACUUCAAGUGGGAGAGACUGGGUUUCUUGAAAUUCUGGGCAUGUGGAAAAUUAAAGUGUUAAAUGGGAGAACAAAAAGAGCUGCAACUCUUUUAUAACAUAAUGGUAAAGAAGAUCGUGCUGAUUUUACAAGUUCUUUCAUCAAAUAUGGAAUGCUCUCAGCCCUUAGACGCACCAAAUAUUCACUAAGAAAGAAAAAAAAAGCCCAAUAUGGGGAGUUUAGUAGGCGUUUCCAACAAAAAGCUGGGAGCAAAAGUUAGCCCCCAAUGAACACAAGGGUCAAUGUGGAAUAAACCUGUUUUGUAGAAAAGGCCAUGAAGGAGGGAGGGCAUGAAUCAGACUUGGGGCUGGGUGGAGGGUGGGGAAUCUUCUCCCAGAACUUGACUGCAAGCUCUACUCCCCCAAGUUUAAGGUCUAAAUACACACGAUGUGGUCCAAAAUACCUCAAGCAGAGCCGUGAUGGCAAAGAGGUUCAGGCACCUUGCACCACAAAUGCAAAUUCUCUCUGAAGGAAGUCAGCAUCGAUCCAGGCCAAAAGAGAGCAAGAUGCCCUUGACUUCAGAGGUUUCGUUUCCUGGAAUUCACCUUCUCUCUCAACAAGUUCUCCUCCUGGUGACAAGGUGGCUACAGCAGCACCAGGCAUCUAUGCUCCCUUCUCGGCACCCCCAGAUGAACCCCCGGCAGGCUCUUGUGAAGACCUGGUCUACAGGAAACACCCUCCCACAUGCCUUUUCCUGUGGAGCAGGACCGCAGGGCAGACCACAAUCAACUCACCCUGCCUUCAACGGAAAUCGGUCUUCACAUACUGGCGGGACCGAGGGAGCAUCUAAUACUGCAGUUUAAAAAACGGCCAGCAGAUAGCGCUGCCGCAUUGGAGGCUCCGAAAGCUUCCCAGGCUGUGCUGGAGAAGAGGCAUUAAACAGGAGGGAAAUUGAGUGUUUCUCUCAAAAGAAAAAGCCCCGACUUUGAAAAAUCGUUCGAAGGGGUUUGAAAUUAUGCUUAAAAGAAAGAGAUUUGUUGGGAAAGCAUUGAUCCUUCGCUGCUUCUUAACCGCCACUCCCCACCGCCCUUGUUUGGAGUUCCCCCAUGACCCUCACUUGGGAUUCGGAAUCUCACUUCUCAGUUUCUGCUCCCUCAUCCUCUUCCCGCAGCGCACAGACCCAAAGGGGCUGAAGGAGGCCCUCUCGCCGCCCCCGCUCCACCUCCUCAGGCCGAUCAGCAGAAGGCAGUGAAACCAAAACUCCUAAAAAAAAUAAGGCGCAUGAAAUAAGCAGCGCGCAGAGCCUCCAGGUUUCAGCCGGACUUUCAGCGGGCUGGCUCCUGAGGGAGGGGGCGCGAUUCCAGUCCUGGUCGCUUGGGUGGAGCACGGGCUGCCCCUGGGCCAGCCCCUCCACUUACUGGGCCUCAGUUUCUCUGCUGUUGGAGUAAUAGAAGACGAACAGAAGUUGUCCUAUCACCGUGAGAAAAGUGAGUCUCAUACUGGGGAAGCCUCACAGCCAUGGCAGUGUAACGAGGAUUCAAACACCAUCAGUCUGAUCCCACUGUUCGAGUCUCUUCAGUGGCCCUGAUCUCUUCAGACCUCCCUGGGAAAUUGUAUUCUCUUCAUAAUCCCUGCAUCUGAAGCCACCCGUUGGCGGCGGCACGUGACUCUUGGCUGACUGUUUAUGGGAAGGCCUGCCUGUCCUCUGGGCCACCUCAACAACCCCCACCGCAUCCUCACCCCCAGCCCCACCCUCCAUCACCGCUGGAAGCCACUGCGGCCCUCUAGAGCAUCACACUGGGCUGUCUGAGCAGGUGUGUCAUCCAAAAGAUAGUGGUGGAGGGCCUUCUGCAGUCCCCCAGGAGCCUGCUUGCAAGCACACAGCAUGAAAGUGAGGAGAAGUCAACAUCCACGGAAAAGCACCAGGCUGGGACCUGUGAACAUUGCAGCCUUUCGUCCUGCAGGUGGACACUUGGGAGCGCUCUGUACACAUCCCAGAGGUCUACCGCCUCCAGGGGCAGCCUUGGCAGCACAUCCUUAAGUCAGCUUGUCACCUUGCAUCUCACUCUCCUGCUCCCUUACUCCUCUUCCGGGCAUCACUCUACUCAGACAUGAUCUGGCCUCACGUCCUUGUCUCAGGCUCUGACUUGGGGAGCCCAGGCUAAGCACAGGGUUAAGAAUAGGCUUUGCAGGGAGAAGGAGCAGCCUCUUCUGGGAAGGAAGGGGAAGCAGAAGGCUCUCCCAUUCAAGGACCAUCCGGGGGUGCAAUGUGGCAGGGCAGAGGGGAGACAGGAAGGGACGGGAAAUGGGCAGGGGCAGCUGACUGAGGGCCUGGUCUGCUGGUCUGGGACGGGUCCUUGUCCCGAGGGCAACAGGAUGGGUUUGCACUAGGAUAGUGUCAUGGUCAGCUUGGUGUUUGAAAAAGCACUUUCUGUCUGCAGCUUGGGGACUGAUGGGAGGGAGUGAGACUAAAAGAGGAGGUGACCAUGCCAGGGGACAGCGGACAGGCUCCACCAGAGUCAUGGCAGCUGGGAUGGGGAGUUGGGUAGAAGUGGAAUCUCUUGAGGAUAUAGAACUAAAAGUUUUCAGUAAUUGAAUUAGGGGUGAGGGGGGAGUCGAGGAGGACACCCAGGCUUCUGGCCUGAGCUGCUGGGUGGAUUGUCUUGUCUAUUAGACAUAAGUUUAGACAAACUUAGAAUAAGUUUGGAGUAAUUUGUUUUGGGGGCAUGUAGUUGGAACUCCUUGUCAACAGCCUAGAGAUGUUCACUGAGGCCCUGGCAGUGAAUGAGAUCCCAGAAAGUGGGUCCACGGAGACGACAAGGGGGCCAGGACCGAGAUGACAGCAAUGCCACUAUUUAAAACCUUUUUAUUUUGGAAUACUUAGAUUCUGCAAAGAUAGUACAGGGAGGUCCCAUGUACCCAGUUUCAAUGCUGCAAUUUUUAAAGGAGGAUUAGGCAAAGCUGAUGCUAAAAGCAGCUCAGAGAGGCUGGAGAAAAUCCAACAGAGCUUGAUGUCAGGAGAGUGAUUUCACUUAGGAUUUAGUUUGGCUGCAAGUGAGAGCAGUUUAAACCAGUGAGAAGUUGGUUUCCUCUGCACUUAAUAGUCUAAAUGUAGAUGUCCAGGUCUGGAAUAGAAGCCCUGUUCCUCUAAACCACUGGGGAUACAGGCUUCUUCCAGCCACUCCACUAUCUCUGGGGUAUUGGUCUUCCCCUCAUGGUCCAAAAUGGUGGCUGCAAUUCCAGCCAUCAUAUUUGCUUUCCAGGCAGCAGAAUGGAAGAAGGGUUGAAGAAUGAAAGAAAUGAUGGGAAUGAACAAGCAAUCUCUUAAGGAAGAUUCCCAGGAGCUGCCACACGGCACAUAACACUGACUAGAAUUUAGUUGCAAAAUAGACUGAGAACUGUAGUCUUUAUUGUUGAACUCAAAACGAGUGACUCCAUUACCAAGAAGAAAGGGAGGAUGGACACAGGGGAGCAACUAGCAGCCUGUGCACAGAAUCCAAGGGUGAAGGGUGUUCUGAAAGGGAAGAUACGGGCACUAUCAUGAAAUACAGCCAAGAAGUCAAGGGAGGUAGCAACUGAAAUUCCCACUGGAUUUAGGGACAAAAAAGUCAGGGACAACUUGGUGGGGAUAUAAUGAUAAUUGUCUGUCUGACCCCAGAGCCCUUGAUCCUGAGCUCUUUACUUUUUCCAGAGUUGGCAGAUGGUGGGUGGAAGGUGUACAGAAAGACAGAGGUGAAGGAGUUGAGGGUAUUUGACAGAGAAUAGUGGAAAUCCAGACCACGGACUGUGGUAGAGGAAGCAGGAAGUGAAGAUGAGAGAGUGAAAGGGAGCUGGUAUCUUGGGAGGAACGAGGAGGGACUGUGGGAAGGACAGGAGUGAGAACAGAGAAAGGUGAUAGUUUUUGUGGCUUCUGAGGUGGGGCACUUCUGGGUCCCCAGUGGGACUCAGGAGUGGGUGGCUGAAGACAGGAGAAAAAGGAGGUUGUUUCCGGGAGGGGAUUAGUUUAUAAAAUUUAGAGAUUGGAUCCAGGUGAGUGCUGAAAUCCACUAAGAUGCUGGCAGGAUGUCAGGUAGAAGCAGAUGCCCAGUGUCUUUAGAGAAGUCCCAGGUGCCUUCCACACCACCCGCAACCCUCGUUCUCAUUGUCAUUAUGGCACCCCCCAAAACCUUGAAUGGCUGCUCAUGGAUUCCCAGGAAAAUGUUCAAACCCCUCCCCCUUUCCUUUGAGGCCCUCCACGAUCACCUGGCAUGGAUUAAGAUGCUGUUAGCAACAGAAACCUCAAGGAGCACACAACGCCAGCACCUGGGCCUGAGUCCCCUGGAUGAAGUACUUCUGUGUCUGCUAGUCCAUUUUCCAACUGCCUGCACCCGUGACUCCUUGUGGAAGGCUCUGUGUAGCCAGCUAGCACAGUAGAGUUGGAGCUGCCCUCGACUAAUGACUGGUAGGAAUGGGAGGAUCAAUACCCUAGCUCCUUUGCUCUGUGGGUAGGUAACUCUGAGAGGCAGUCCACAUGGGUUCCCCGCAGUAGCAAGCUCUGGUUGUCCACAGUUGCCUCCCUUCCCUGUCUCACUCCUCACGCCCUGCCAGCACUUCCCAGAAGCACCUCAAAAUAAACACUUGCUCUCAAA